AGAGAGAGAGAGAGAGAGAGAGAGAGAGAGAGAGAGAGAGACGUCUCACAUGUGACAGUUCUUCAUUCCUAGAUAGGUAAGACACUUGGCACGUUGAUGAACGUCCUAUUAGACCUGCUCGCACUUCAAGGGACAGCUUCUUUCAGAUCAGGAGAGCAGGACGCAUUUCCAGUUUCUCAGAACUCCAGCGUGCUUUUUGACAGCUGACAAGUUACAAACACACUCCCGACGCACGAGCUCGCUUUACUCGAUAGAACUCGGUAAAAACGCGUGGACCGUCUGAAAGUCUUGAUGGAGAUGAAGGUGUUGGGAUGCGCGUUGCUUUUUCCUUUCCAGAUCUUCUUGUGCUUAUUGAGGGCGAUCGUGCGCUUCUUCGCGCAGCAGAAGCGCAGAGAUCUGGGCACCGACGUGGUCCUCAUCACUGGAGGUGGAAGAGGAAUCGGCCGUCACCUGGCUAAAGAGUUUGCCAAGCAAGGGGCAAGAAAGGUGAUUUUGUGGGGACGCACAGAGAAAUGUUUAAAAGAGACCUGUGAGGAGAUCUGUAGGACUGGAACAGAGUGUCAUUACUUUGUGUGCGACGUGGGCAACAGAGAGGAGGUGUACCAGCAGGCCAAAGUGCUCAGGGAAAAGGUUGGGGAUGUCACCAUUCUCGUCAAUAACGCAGCUGUUGUUCAUGGGAAAAGUCUACUGGACAGUGACGAUGACGCACUCCUGAAGACCCAACACAUAAACACACUUGGACAGUUCUGGACCACGAAAGCGUUUCUGCCUCGCAUGCUGGAGCUGUGCAACGGCCACGUGGUGUGCAUUAACUCCAUUCUCUCCCUGUCCUCCAUCCCUGGAGCCAUCGACUACUGCACGUCCAAGGCCUCCUCUUAUGCCUUCAUGGAAAGCCUUACGCUAGGCCUGCUGGACUGCCCUGGAGUGGGCUGUAGCACAGUGCUUCCCUUCCACACGGACACAGAGAUGUUCCAGGGCAUGAGAGUGAGGUUCCCUAAGCUGUUUCCUCCUCUGAAUCCUGAGAUGGUGGCCGAGCGCACUGUGGAUGCAGUUAGGACCAACACUGCCUUCGUUGUCCUGCCAUGGACCAUGCACUUUCUUGUUAUCCUUAAGAGCCUUUUGCCACAGCCUGCCUUGGAAGAGAUCCACAAGUUUUCAGGAAGCUACACCUGCAUGAACACAUUCAAAGGACGGACUUAAACUCAGGAACAGCUUGACUGUGAAAAAUCAUCAAAACCAAUUUUUCAUGCAAAGCAAGCGCUAUGUCCAGGAACAUCAAUCUUUUGCUUGUAGACGCGAAAAAAAAAAAAAAAAAAAGACUGAAAGGGUCACUGGGAACAGCGUAUCAAGAUGGCUUGUUUUCCCAAGAACUAUGUCUGCGAGUCUUACGUAGAUGAAUUUGGUUGCCCUAUACUGGACUGCACACAGGCAUGUAGGUGAAAGUGUUUCUUGGAUAUUGUGAUAACAAAGAGCACGGACUGAUAGAGUUAAGAAAGAAAUGGUUCUUAGAACGCUCCGAGGUUUUCAUCAGGGUUUUUUGAUCUUGUAAUGUCGCCCUUGGAAGUUUUAUAGAUUUUCACUGAUUUUAAGAACAUUUUUUUUGUAAUACAUAUACGGCAAAUACAUAUUCUUAAAUAUAUUUCUAAUAUAGAUAUUUCAGUACGUUUUAGUUAUUGGCCACUUUUUAUUUUCUUAAUCUAAAUACUGUGUAUUAAUAUUGUCCGAAACUUUUUUUUUAAAAUAUAUUUUUACAUUUACCCAAAAUGUAUUUCCUUGCACAUUGAAAUACCUUUUGGAAAUUAUUUUGGUUUAAACAAAAUUGUA